AUGGCGCCUCUUCGAGAAAUCGCCAGCACCGAUGCUGGAUUUGCAGCCGGCUCCUUCAUCUACAAAGUCAUCUCCACAUCGCCGCGGCAAGAUCCUCUUACCUACUUGAUUACCGAUCAGCUGGCCUUUAUAUCCUCAGACGACUCUCUCCGCUUCCUCACAGCAGAUUUGCGGCCCGACGGACAUGUCGCCAAGGCCCAUGACAACAUCACAUGUCUGGAACGAGCAAACGAUGCGUCAAGCAACGCUGUUGCAACUGCAGGAAGAGAUGGAUUGAUUAGAUUCUGGGACAAGAGAAGCAGGCAAAAAGCACUCCAGGUCGAAAGCCCACACAAACUCAUCUCAGCACUGGUCUGCGACGCCGAGAAGAACUUCAUCGCAGCCGGGAUCGAGAACCCAGAAGACGGCCCCAACAGCUCUCCAGUCUACAUAUGGGACCAGCGCAACCUCUCAGCACCUGGAUGCUGGGAAAGAGGGUAG